ACCAAUUCCAACAGUUCAGCUGCAGCUUUGUUGUUUACCUUCUCAUCGGCUGGACUAUUCAGGUAAAUCACAUCAAAUCUCAAAGGCCAUGGCGGAGAGUGAGACUGAUGUGGAAUUUUUACGUGGUGAAUUAACUCGCAAACUGAGCGCUGGCGAGAAUGUUGUUAUUCAGAGCGAGCGCGCAGCGGUGCUCCGCAACGUGACGUGCCCCAAGGCGCAAUAUCAUUUUGUCGUGCUGCCCAAAGAGGAGAUCGCCAAUGUGUUAGCGCUGAAGCGCGAGCAUCUGCCGCUGCUGGACCACAUGAUGGAUCUGGCGAAUGAUGUUAUUAAGCAGCAGCAACUGUCACCGAAUGAUUUUCGGAUUGGAUUUAAAAUUGAUGCGUUUAUGAAUCGUCUCAACAUGCAUGUCAUCUCGAAAGAUUUCUAUUCAAGCUCGAUGCGUCGCAUUCAGCACUGGAACACCUUCAACUCCGAUUUGUUUAUAACGUUUCAAGCUAUAUACGCGCUGCUUUACGUGAAGGGCUCGGUUGAGCCGAUGCCCGCCGAGCAGGUGGAACAACUUCUCCAUGCCACGCCCGUACAUUGCAAUCAGUGCAGCUUUUAUACUGAGAACUUUGGCCAGCUCAAGCGCCAUUUGUACAUUCACUGGAGGGAACGAGAAAGUGAGCGUCUUUCGAAAAUGGGCGUGGCAAACUUAUCGCAAAGGAUGGGGCAAAUGCAGAUAAAUAAAGGCGCCGAGCAACCAGUGCAUGCAAAACAGCCUGCUAAAAAGAAAUGGUAUGUGAAUAAAAAGAAAAAUUCGCAGAGUUCCAGUAGUAGUCCCAAAGGUGGUGCCAAUACCAAACUCAUUUGA